ACACACCAAAUGUACAUAAGGUUAGAAUAUCAGACUCCAAAACUCGGCGUGGGUUAAACUCAUAAAGCGAAAAGAAUCGAUCAAAAGGAUGAAUCUGCUGCAGGGCAAGAGCAAUCAGUAUCUACGCGAGGCGAUACUGGAGGGAAGUGUGGAGAAGGCGAGGCGCUACCUGACGCUGAAAAUCGGCAAGGCAGAUGUGGCGGCACUUACCGAGAGCGGCGGCUUCUCCAUGCUUCAUUGCUCCUGCCUCGUGGGGAACACGCAGAUCGCCAUGAUGUUACUGCAGUACGGGGCCGACGUCCUCGCUCUCACCGACGAUGGCUACACAGCGCUGGAUCUGGCCAUUUGGAGGGGUCACUUGCAGAUCAUCGAGUUGCUGCGGUCUCAGGGCUGCGUGGCGCCUAUGAAAGAACCCGAGAGCUUAAACGGCAAAGUAAUCUCCCACCUCGGACGCAAAGCCACCGUCGUCUUCUUUGAGCCGAGCACGAGCAUCCGCACGAGCAGUGUACGCGGCCUUUACUAUGAAGAUAAAGGAGAAGCCAAGCUGGUGAAUCUCUGGGCCGGCACAGACUACAAGAUCGUCGGCUCCAACCCGUACUAUGAGGAGCUACGUAAGUUCGACUACCAAUAUGCAGAGAUCCCGGUCACUCUACUUCAAGACUACGACGCCAUGCUACAGGGAGCUCUACAAGGAGCGGCAUUCUUCGACAAUGACAGCGACAGUGAGAGUGACAACGAGAUCGAAGAGAUCGUCGAGGUCCGAGUGCCUCCUGGUCCACUGGGUGUGCUACUGGACAGCGGCAUCCAGGAAUGCGCCGUCGUUCAUGGCUUCACCAACCUCCCGACUGGCGAAAAAGGGCCCAUUGAGCGGCAUGGAGACGUUUAUCCAGGCAUGUACAUCAUGAGCAUCAACGAGACCAACGCGUCGCUCAUGUCGCUGCAGCAGGUCACCCAGUUACUGGGCAAACUUGCGCGCAAGGAGAAGCUCAUUCGCUUCGCUGUCUUCCGUCCAGGAUCGCCACGCAACCGCAGCAUGACAGACACAGCGUCGGAAAUCUCCAACCAACGCUCGUCCGUCACAUCCAGUGCCUCGUUGCCUCCUCCAGUGCCAACUGCAGCCAAACCACCGACGCCAAGCUCCGGACUUGCGAGUUUCUCGUCACGCUUCGCCAAUCUGGCAGCCUCUGUCAUGGAUAAAAGACCUCCUACGCCUCGUACGAGCAUCACGUCGUCAGCGGAUGCAGGAACCCCCAAGGCCGCUGAGUGUGCGCACUGCAGUAUGCCUGCUACAGCUCACAGCUCGGAAGACUGUCCGUACAGGUGAAAAGUUCAAGUAUCAAGAGCGGUAAGCAUUUGAUGGACGUCACUAUUCUUUUAUUUUGUUUGCUCUGGUUUCCUUAGACGCAGAACUGUACACGGAUUGGACUCAAGUUGGUCUCCUUUUGUUGCUAGCUAAAUAAUACGGGGGUCUCCAGAUCUUAGAGCACCAUGUACACCAUUCCCCGGUACACGUCGGGUCCAGGCAAAGUCCAGGACGCAAGCGCGCAGUUCUGGUUGAAGAAAUACUGCUUGCCUGUCGUUUGCGAGACCACAGCCUGCCACCCGAUGCCUUGGCCGUCGGGGCUCUCCCCGACGUCCUCAAACGUCGAGUCCACGAGGUAGUCCACGAAGGUCCCAUCACCCAUGGCUAGCGUCAAGUUGAACAGACUCGUACGGGGUCCGUCAUGCUGCUUCAGAUGCUGCUGAGCACGUCGAGCUGCGGGGGCUGCGUUCCGGUCCAAUAGGCUGAUGAAGUUGGCUGCGAUCUUGGCUGCUCGCUCGGCGUUUGCCUUCGUUUCGAAGGAUGUGAGUGCAGCCAUAGCCGUCUGCGUACUGACCGGGGCCUCGGUCGUCGACUUCAUUUCCUUGCGAAGAUCACGCAGACUGGCCGAGAUCUGGUUCAUUCGGUCCAGAUGCACCUGCAAGUCUUCAAGCUUGAGUGUCUCCUCUUCCGGUUCUGGGGCAGGCGCUGGCAUUGGCGCCGGUGUGGACUUCUGUGUUGUCGUUGGGGUCGGAGGUGGCGCAGCACGUGCCUUCUUCGUGGCACUGGCGUUGGCCAUACUAUUUGUAAGCAUGUCUGCCACCUUAGGAGGUGGAGGAGGAGCUCCUGUAGGCCGCGGGGCCGGCGCUCGUCUGGAAUCACGACUGCGACGUCCACCUGAGCCAACGACCAACUUCUUGGCUACCUUGCGCACCACCAUGGGCACUUCCACUUCCUGUGUCUCCAUACUCAGUCGAGAAGAAUUCUCAGACUGGAUCUCUUCCACCACGAACUCCUCGGAGCGUCUUGGGACGAUGCCCACAUUUACAGGCUGGAUCUCCUCUAUGACCAGCUCUUCCACCUCCACUUCCUCCAACUCCAAGCUGCGGCGCGGGACCGUGCGCACAUUCUCCGGCAUGAUUUCUUCGACAAUGAGCUCCUCCACCUGCACGGGGAUAGGCACGUUGUCCAUCUUGCCACUAAACCUGCUCUCCACGAUCUUCGAGUUCUCGUCCACAGUGAGAAAACUGGCAGAGUCCGAGUCAUUGGACAUGGUGUCCAAGCUGGCAUUCUCUUCUUCAGUCAGGAAACUCGCCACUUCCACCUUGUACACCGUCGGGCCGUCCACAUCCAGCGUCAUGACUGUAGCCUGCGAUAACGACUGCCGUACCGCGUCGUGUCUGUGGCCUUCAGUGUUGAGGAAGUUGCCAGCGUCGUCUUCGGAAUACUCUUGUUCCUCGUCACUAAACUCAGCCAGUUCCGCUGCCUCAGCUUCGUAGUCUCUCUCGGUUCUUGUCGGCUGCUGUGUAAACGUCUCCUUGUACUUGCCAAUGCCUAGAUCAAGUUCCACAGGUGCAGGCGCGAGAAUGCUAUCACCUAACAGUUGCGGCUGCAGUUCCUCCACGUCUAAUCUGUCCUCUUCGUCUCCAGGCGACGACGGCGACGUAGAAGCCUUGGACAGUCGGUCGUUCUUGCCCAUAGACGACGAAGUUGGUCGGAACUGGAACAUGUUGGGCACUUGCUUGCGAAUGCCGGAGGAUCCAUUGCCACUCCCUCUGUUGCCUUCUUCCACCGAGUCUUGGGAGCUUGUACCGGCCGUAGAGUCCGAGAGAAAACUGCGUCGAGUCUCGUCCGACGUUUUUCCAGCCGACGCGUGCGAGCGCGCCAAGAAGGAGCUGUUAGACGCCAGAGAGCUGCGUAGACUACCGUCCGAGCUGACUCGAGAGCUGUCGCUCUGUCGCGCAGACGACGCACGACGCGGCAGCUCUCGACUCUGCAUUUUACUGCUGCAUUUGACGCAAAUUCGGGUCUUGCGCUUGCCUCCGGGCGCUGAUAGAUCACUGAGUCGUUGAUGAGCCGUCACGAGUUCCUGUACGCUGCACUGGCUGCAGAUGACGUCGCCACAGGCUGCACAAUUGUACUUCUUCCGUACGAGCGAGAAGCUGCGCGUACACACCACACAGCACACGCGACGACUGAGCGGCACCAUAUCUCUAGGCCCAGCGUACACGAGCAUGUCCAGACGACGCUGGUUGAUGUGGUCUCGUAUACAGGCGGAGCGCAUGGCUGCAGUGUCCACCAUUUUGUGCACCAGCCACGAGGGCAGUCGAUCUCCCAAGUCGUUGAUCACCAUCGUCACAAACUCGAGGCUCCCAGGCGCGCGCUCACUCCACGUCUGCAGUGUCAGCGUCUUGGCACGUACAAAAAGGUGUUUAGUAUCACGAGGAGGGAGCACGUCCAGCUCUACACUUUUGCACAGUCUGUAGCCGACACGACGACCGUCGCCGUCCUCGAACGAAUCCACAAGCUCCACGUAGACGUAGUCUCUAUGCUUGGCAACAGAAGGAGCUAGAGACCGCACACAGUGCCACUUGACACACACAAAGCGCUCUUCAGGCGUGCGCGGCACCAGAGUGUACAGCACUUGUCCGUCCAGGAAUUCGCUGGGGUUUACUGCGCUCUCGUGGUCUGCAAAGUCGGCGCUGGUCUCCGUGAUGAGCAGGUCGCUGAUCUCUCGGAACGUGGCGCUGACGUUGCAUUUACCCCUCACAGCGGCAUCCAGCAGCGUGUUGUCCGGUCCGCUCCUCGCUCGAUGUAUCGUCACGCCCUCUCUCGCUCUGCUGGGCGUCCAACGCACGCGUCCGAAGCCCAGACUGAGAUUGUAGGCGUCGUCUACGGACCUGUCGAUGAAGUUGACGAGCGCUUCGAUGCGUUCGGUCGAGAGUUCAGGCAGAUUCUGCGCCAUAUCACUCACCAAUGACGACAUGCUCUCGUCGCGAAGACUCGAGGGCGACGUGGCCGACGACGAACGCGCAGACGGCGAGCGCAGAGACAGUGAGUUCAUGGACGCAAAGCCCCCCGACCGCGUGGAAGACGACGAUCCUCGCGACGGCGACGGAGCCGGCGAUCUCGACGAUGAAGGGGAGCGCGUAGGUUUCCUGGGUCGAUGCUGACUGCGGUAUCUCUCCUGUUGCUGCUGUUGUGGGGGUUCAAAAGGGUCAUCCUCUUCGUCAUCGUCUCGGUCCAAGUACGGAGUACGUCGUCCAUUGCCGCGGCUGUGACUAGUGGGCGCGUUCGAGUCUGUGAGCGUCUGACGUCGACGUCGAUGCAGAUUGAGUUUGGCGACGCUGAGAGCGGCGCUGAAGGUUUCGGACGCGGCAGCCGUGAGCGCCGAGACAGCGGAAGGGGCCGAACCUGAGACGGAAGGACCUCCAUGCUGCAUGGGCACGGACGCGCCUCGGGGCGAUGUGAUGAAGGGCGCGUACUCGGGGCGCGGCAUGCCGCUGCGUACUGCCCUGGGCCAGACGACUGUGAACUCUGACCGAGAGAGAGCAGGCUAGUACGACCUCAUGCUGCGGCUAGGGCAUCAGAUCACUCGAGUGAUAGAGCCGGGUCUCUUCAUACAAUUUCCAAGUGAAAGGCCGUUGCUCGAUCGUGGUUGGUUAUUAUCAAGCCAUUUCGCGAGAGAAAUUCAAAAAAGAAAGAAGAAAUUCUAAGGGGAAAAUAGCGAGAAGACGACUAUCCAUAGACAUUUUGACAUGUAC